AAACUCGUCAAGUGUUUGCCCUAGACUAUCCUUGAAGCGUUUUGAAGGUUUGUUUGCCUGGGAUACAAAGGGAACAUUGUUUUUUUUUUGGUUUCGUCAGGGUUUAAUACCUCACCUCAGCUCUCUGGCACAUUGUGGCGUCGCGAUGGCUUACUCAUUUUCAUGCACUUGCUGGAAUAGGUAAAUUGUGCUCGUAUACCAAAGAGUGACAGAGAAACCACACAGUAUCUACGUCUGACUGUAAAAGGUGCUGGAAACCAUGGAUAACCUCACUUCCAAAUCCCAACAUUUUCAUCUUCUGCUCUUCAUCACUCUAUGCGUCUUUCCUGGAUCACUGGGCCAGACUUCAAUCCCCAGGGGCUGUGGAGAUGAUGUGGACUCGUUGUAUUUCAACCUCUGUGACCUGACUGCAGUCUGGGGUGUUGUAGUUGAGUCAUUUGCAGCAACUGGUUUGGUGGCCACCCUGAUUCUUCUGAUCGUGCUGCUAGCCAGCCUUCCCUUCGUCACUGACAGGAAGUGGCGCAGUUCGUUAGGGCUUCACACAGGAUUCGUCAUCUUCACAUUUGGACUGUUCGCCCUCACAUUCGCCUUCAUUGUUGGGAAGAACUUCGCCACAUGUGCGUCACGCCGUUUUCUGUUCGGUGUGCUGUUCGCUGGCUGCUUCUCUUGCCUUCUCAUGCAAGCCGUGAGGUUGAACAUACUGGCCAGGAGGAAUUCGGCACCCAGAGGUUGGGUUUGGUGCUUGGGGGCUCUGGGGCUCUGGCUGGUAGAAGUUGUCAUCAACACCGAAUGGCUAAUCAUUACUAUUGUGCGAUACCCAACUAAUGUCACCGGAAUUCUGGCUUCUGCUACUGCUGUUCCCUGUAAUAUCGAAAACCAGGAUUUUGUCAUGGCGCUCAUUUACGUUCUAAAUCUACUAUUGGCGGUUGUGGUGGCAUCCUUACCCAUAUUGGCAGGCAAGCACAAGCGUUGGCGCAAAGAUGGAGCCCUCAUCCUGGUCACAGGACUGUUUUCGGUGGGCAUCUGGGUGGCGUGGAUUGUCAUGUAUGUGUAUGGGAAUGCAAAGAACGGUGGGCCGACAUGGGACGAUCCCACAUUGGCUAUAGCAUUGGUUUCAAACGCAUGGGUGUUUCUGCUACUCCAGACGGUGCCGGCGGUGUGUAGCCUGAGUGAGGAAGAUGAAGAUGCAGCUGUUGAGGAAAAUCUGUACCCCAGCAGAGGGUACGAGAACAUUUUGAAGGAGCAAAGUGCACAGAGCAUAUAUAUGGAAAAUAAGGCCUUCUCUAUGGAUGAGCCUAAGGCAGGCAAUAAGCCUGUGUCCCCAUACAGCGGCUAUAACGGCCAACACCGAAGUUGUGUUUACCAACCGACAGAACUGGCCAUCAUCACCAAAGGAGUGAGCAAUCAACAGAUGGAAUCAUAUGACAAUAUAAUUCCACGAGCAUCCAUGGGCACGCCUCCCAGAGCCCAGAGCGGCCACACCAGCCCCUCCGCACAACUUGAUGAUAUGAGACAAAUAUAUACAAAUGGAAAUUUCAUCAGAAGACCCCAGUGAUCAGCUCACUCCAACUUUUUUUUUUUUUUUAGGAUGCAUCUGCAGUUUCUAGUCUGUCUCUCAUCAAGUUCACGCCGGCUGCCUUAUUGGAUGUCUUCCCUGCAGCCCGUCCUGUCCAUGUAUCAAAUGUUAAGCGCUGCCGGUAAAAUCUAGAUACUGAAUCUAUAGGUAAUAUGAUAAGCAUUUUCUCCUCACUUUGAGAACACUGGGUAUUUGAGGAGAAAGCAGACAUAAAAACCUGUCCUUGAGACACAAGUGUCCCUUCUACAACAACAGUGUAUAUAAUGUUUGCGGCUGCUUGUUAUUCUAUUCCAAAAGGACAUUCGGCGCAUUAAAUGAAUGAGUAGGUGUUAUGGACGUAUCCAUUUUCCUCAUUUCCCGCCCACUUGGCUAAAUUAUGUAGCAUAUCUUAUGUAAAUAACAGAACAUGUUCGCAAUCCGUCGGCCUGUGUGGUUUAACAGGAGACAAAUCUUUACUGUAAUAACUCUUAAACCAGAACAAAUGAAUUCCAUAUUGCCACCUGUCACCUUUCUUUCUUUCGUUUCUUUUUUUCUUUCAGAGUCAGACAUCUUCAAAACUGUCAAA